UUUACUCAAAAUAUUAAAUAAAUAAAUAAAACAAGUGUAUAAAAUUAUUAUUUUUUUAAUUUAAAGCAAAAAAAAAAUUAUAAUUAAAAAAAAAAACAGUUGGUGCAGCAUUGUUGAUCCAGUAACACGUGACUCUAUAUAUUGGACAAAAAAAAAAAAAAAAAGGAGUAAUUUGAGUGUCAAAUGACAUUUAUGGAUUAGUGAAUUAUUUAAAAAAAUAAAAGAAACAAUAGUGUGUGUUAUUAAUUUUGAAAUAAUAGUUGAUUAAGUAAAAAAAAAGCGCCAUGUUUCACGUAUUUGGACCUGUUAAGGGUCUAUUGAAGCUCGAUGAAGUAUGCGUUGAUAACAAUGUAUUUAGACUGCAUUAUAAAGCAACAUUUAUAAUGUUAUUAACAUUUUCAUUAUUAGUAACAUCAAGACAAUAUAUUGGUGAUCCAAUUGAUUGUGUUGUUGAAGGUGUACCACAAAAUGUAAUGGAUACAUAUUGUUGGAUAUAUUCAACAUUUACAAUACCAAAUAGAGUUAAUGGUGAAAUUGGUAAAAGUAUUGCACAUCCUGGUGUACAUGGAAAUGUUGAAGGAGAAGAUGAAGUUAAAUAUCAUAAGUAUUAUCAAUGGGUAUGCUUUUGUUUAUUUUUCCAAGCAAUGUUAUUUUAUGUACCACGUUAUUUAUGGAAAUCAUGGGAAGGUGGUAGAAUGAAAUCACUUGUAAUGGAUUUAAAUUGUCCAGUUGUCAGUGAAUCAUGUCAAAUUGAACGUCGUGGUUUAUUAGUUGAUUAUUUUCGUGCAAAUUUACAUCAGCAAAAUUUUUAUGCAUAUAGAUUUUUUUUUUGUGAAAUAUUAAAUUUUAUAAAUGUAUUUGGACAAAUAUAUUUGAUGGAUGUAUUUUUGGGUGGUGAAUUUACAACAUAUGGAAGAGAUGUAUUAUGGUUUUCUGAAAUGGAACCAGAAGAUAGAUCAGAUCCAAUGGCUCGAGUAUUUCCAAAAGUAACUAAAUGUACAUUCCAUAAAUAUGGUCCAUCUGGUACUGUACAAAAAUUUGAUGGUCUUUGUGUAUUACCAUUAAAUAUUGUUAAUGAAAAAAUAUAUGUAUUUUUAUGGUUUUGGUUUAUUGCAUUAACAAUAUUAAGUGGUUUAAGUUUAAUAUACCGUAUGGUUGUUGUUGCUUGGCCAAGCCUUCGUCUUUUUUUAUUACGCACAAGAUCACGUUUAUCAGGACAACACGAAGUUGAAGCAAUUGCUGAUAGAUUCCAAAUCGGUGAUUGGUUUGUACUUUAUCAACUUGGAAAAAAUAUUAAUCCACUUAUAUACAAAGAUCUUGUAUCUGAUUUGGCAACAAGUUUCGAGGGAAAACAACUAAUUUAAAAUCAACAUUAUUUCUAUUCAAACUACAACAACAAAAACAACAACGACAAUAAUGAUACUAAUUAUGUAAGAAUAUAAUUAAUACAACGAUACUUCAUUUUAUUUACAAAAGGAUAUUGUGCUGACACAAUAAAACAUUUAAUUUUUUAUUUAAAAAAAAAAAACUCAAAACACACACAUUAUUUCAAUUGUGUGUAAAAUAUAAAUGAGCUCAUCGAUCAGUGUCGAUCGGUAUGUAUAAAUCGAUUAGAGUCGACAAUUUAAAUCUACAAUACA